AUGGUGGCAAGCAUAAUUGACAACAAGUGGAGUUGUCAACUCCACCAUCCAUUACAUGCAGCGAGUUACUACUUUAACCUGAAGUUUUAUUGUACCAACCCGGACGUUGAAAAUAACAAAGAGGUGUCUGAUGGAUUGAUUGAGUGCAUUAAAAGGGUUGUCCCUAACAAGCAAAAACAAGAUUCUAUCAUGAAGGAGAUGGUGAUCUGGGUGAACCAAGAGGGCUCUUUUGGUUUAGAGAUGGCAAAGCGUGGAAUUGCUGAGUGGUGGAAACUUUAUGGGAAAGGGACCCCAAAUAUUCAGCACUUGGUUAUUAAAGUUCUUAGUCUGACAUGCAGUUGGUCUGGAUGCGAAAGAAACUAUAGUGCUUUCGAGCAUAUCCAUUCCAAGAAAAGAAACCGUUUGGAACACAAGAAGUUACAUGAUCUUGUGUUCGUAAGAUACAACAAGACACUCCAAAAUCGUCGUGACAAGAAUGUUGCAUAUGAUCCAAUAUCAUUGGAUAACAUUGAUGCUUUUAUGUUUGCCUUAGACUUUAUCAAGAGCGAUGACACAUCUGAUGUUGUGUUUGGAGAUGCCGAGGCUACAACCGGCGAAGAUGUUGUUGUUAGGGGCACUGAACAUAGGUUCGAGGGUUCAGGCUAUGUGAACGUUCCCAAAGUCAAGGGUUUCACCAAAGUUGUUGCUUCCAAAUUCUCUACUCUUCGUUCGAGCUGUUGUUUGAUAAAGACUACUGACCAACCAUCGGCUUCUGAGCCGGUGGAACUAAGUAAUGACAUAGAGGCUUCAGAUGAUUUAGAAGUUGGGGAGCUAAAACCCAAGGGCCUUAAUGAGGUUGUUUGUAACGAAGUGUUGAAGUCCUUCUCGAAGAAACGUCCUUGCUCCGGAGAUAGCGAGGAAACGUGUUCUGAAGGUGGUGAGGGCUCAAAGGGUUCAAACCUUGAAGCCUCCGAGGCAGUGGGUGCAGCAGGGAGGAAAAAGAGGAAGGCUAAAAAGACCCAAGAUGAUGGAGGUUCGAAGAAGGAUGAUGCAUCAAAGUCUACCAUCCAUGACCUUGCUAAGUGA